GUGGUAAGAAUACCACAUCUCACGGCACCAGCUCAAAAAGGAAGCUGGGCGUGAUGUGAGUACGCAAGCCGUCAAUUGAAGGCGUUCGCGAUAAGUUCUCAUUUAUAAAUAUGUAAUUGUCUGCCUUUCUUCCUACACGUAGUCUUUCGCAUUCAAGCAGGUCUCAGUCAAAGCUCGCAUAUUUUCUCUCUCAUUCUAUAACUGUUUCAAAUUUCAAGAUGCAGGUCUUCACAUCACUCUUGGCCCUGGUGGCCGUCGUCGCCCCUGCGCUUGCUGUGCCUGUGAUUGAGGAGCGUGCUGCGACAACAUGCGGCUCGACAUAUUACUCUGCUACGCAGGUGAAUCAAGCCGCCCAAAAGGCUUGUACUUAUUACAAAGCUGGCAGCACCGCUAACUCAUACCCUCACACCUACAACAACUUCGAAGGCUUCAGCUUCCCCAUCUCUGGUCCCUACCUAGAAUUCCCUAUGCUCUCGAGCGGCGUCUACACUGGCGGAAGCCCUGGCGCUGACCGUGUCAUCAUAAACACCUCUUGCAAACUCGCUGGCGCGAUCACACACACCGGGGCCAGCGGAAACAACUUCGUCGGCUGCUCUGGAACCCGCUAAUCAUCUCAAAUUGGGGCUGAAACUCCGAGCGCCUAUUCACCGAUGGGUUACUGAGGCAGCUAUGAAAAAAGAAUUGCACUUUAUGAGACUACAUUAUAAUGAUAAGC